AUUUGAUUUAGAAUUUGGUAUUUGACAUGUCCGGCGGGCGAUUCACGUCCACCAGAAUCCACGUCAUGGCUUUGGACGGCGUCGUUAACGUCAACUCCCUCUUCACCUUCGCCGUUUUCCUCGGCGUCGCCUGGUACCCCACCGCCGACCCCGCCGCCAACCUUCUCGCCGACGAUGACGACGGGCCGUGCGCCGCCAGGGCCGCUGUGGCCGAGAGCCUCAUCGCCUGCCACGUGUACUCGUUCAGCUGCUUCCUCUUCUCCAGCCUGGUGGCGUCGGCGCUGAAGCAGGCCAUCCGAAUAAGCAGAGGUGGCGGCGAGGCUGUGGCGCACGCGCUGGGGCUGCGCGUGGGGAUCGUGGUGUCGGCGGUGGGGUCGAUUCUCGGGUGCGGGUUCUUGGUGGCGGCACUGCUGAAUUUGGUUCAGAUAAAGCUUGGGAAGUUCGGUUGCGGUCGGUGGGAGACGGCGGCCGCCGCCGUCCCUUUGAUCACUUUGGUUCCUUCCGCGCUGUUCAUCUACAUUGCCCUUGUCCUUCAUUCCUUCACACGCUAGCAUCUUUUUUUUCUUCUUAGAAAGUUGAAUAUCAGUAAUUUCUUUUUUUUA